UCCGGUAAGUAGUAGCAUAGAGUUUCCAAGAAGUUGGUACAAGCGUCUCUUUUUUACGAGUGUUUUUCAGGAUGUUUUCUUCCGCAGGAAUAACCGAUCAAAACUCAUUUGCAAGAGCCUUGAAACCCUUUAUUAACGUAUCGAUCAUAUUUGGUCCUGGAGAAAGGAUAACGAACCCCUUCUUGAACAGGCUUGCGACUUUGAUUUUUGUCUUCUUUCUUCUUGGUUUGUCCUUCGUUGCAGUUCUAGGCGUGUUUGUUCGAACUACUAUCGACACGUGGAUCCAGUUUUCUCUUUACAUUGUACCUCUGAUAUCCCUCGUGUGUGGUUUUCAGAUCUACCGUAGUGAAGGGUUUAAUAUUCUUCUUGAACGAAGACUUGGACGGCGGUCACCUAUCGGGGUGUUUGCAGUUCCCGAGAAAGAGGGUCAAAUUCUUUGGCACGAGUCCAACAGGGGACCAUGGCUUAGGAGAUCUGCCAUUAAAAACUGCCUUUAUCCACUGGCUAUAGAGUUUUACCAAUGGCUAGCAUACAUGUGUUUCCAUUUGUUUUUCUCGUCAGGGGAUAAAUUUGCUGGUACUUGGAAAGAAAGUCAAAGGCUUUUCGAUGCUUAUCUUAACGAAACGACAUGGACAAUACUCUACGUGUGCUUUUGGGUGUCCGGUGUUUACUUAACUGGUUUCGUUAGCUAUUCGUUCAUCCUUAUAGCCCGGCUCACUGUCAGGGACGCUAUAAGUUUUAUGUGCCGCUUUGGAGAUGGUCCCUUCCUGCCACACAAACCCACACUGAGAGGUAUAGCCCUGGCUAUCACUGAAAGCAAUAGUGUUCUGAGAAAGAUUACUCGCUAUAUCUUAGGAUUUUUGUUCUUAGAUAUGUUGGACACCGGGAAAGACAUCGUUUUGAUUUAUGAACAUGAUAACGAGAUGGAAGCCGGGAGAUCUGGGUUGCAUCAUGGCAAGGAAGAUGUCGAUCUUGAUGGUGCAGAUACCAGCGAUUUUGAGGAGUCAGUUAGUACCCGACCCAGGUCAUCUAGUAUAAGUGUUCCACGUAAACCAAACAUAACUCCAUCAGAAGCAUGCAAAUGCCUUACUAAUUUGAUUGCAAAUCUUGAAGCCUUAGCAAGUGCAUUCCAACCAUUUAUUAUCCUUUUAUCAUUCUUUGCCGUUGCUAAUUUUGCAACCCACAUUGUUGCCAUAGUAAUCAAGAUCAAGGAUUUCCAAGCCACGCAUUGGUGGACAUUUACACGCACCUUCCUCUGGCUUCUCUUGUCUAUACGCCUUCUUUGGAGUGUUGCCACCAUUACACGCAUGCUUGCAUACAUUCCAAUGCAUGUAAACUACCUUCAUUCUAUUGGUGCCCUUCAAGGAGAUCAAAAGGAAUGGGAAGGCUUUUUCAAGUUGAUGGACAGCUUUCAUCUUCGUACCAAGACAUAUGGCUUUCCUCUUACCCUUAAACAAGUUGCUUAUUGUGCAACAUUUUUAAACUUUGCAUUUUUGAUUGUGUUAUCGAUAAUGCAUCCAAAAAAAGAUUAAUCAAGUCUGAAGGGAACAAAAUUUUUACAUUUGAGCAAGUGCUAUCAUAUGCAUGUGCAGACCCUAUGCGAACUGCCAUGGAAAAGGAAUACUAGUUUUAAAUCCUCUGUUGUACAUGUAGAGGGUUAGCCUCAACUUGUACCAAGCUCUUUUGAAUAUUCAAUUCUUUUAGUCCAUUGAAGGUUGAUGAUAAUAAUAAUAAUAAUAGUAAUAAUAAUAAAUUAAUCAGAAAAACUAACACAGAUGAUUAAUUUAAUAACAAGAGUCAAUCUUAUACGAAUAAUAAUAAACUUUGUUUAUAGAGGAUAAAACUUGACAGUAAUGUUUUAACUGAUAAACUCACGGUCCUCUUUUAACAUCUCUAACUAAUUAGGGACGGGACCGCCAUUAACGUGAUCAUCCAAGCCACAUGAAGGUCUAGCCAUUUGCAUUAUAAUUACAAAAGCAGUACCUUCUCAGUUAUAUUUCAAGACCCUGAGUGUUGGUCCAGCCGAGGCUUGAACCACGACCUCUUGCACAACAGACCGAUGCUCUUACCAACUGAGCUAAACAGCUGGUGGUAAGAUGUUUUUUUUUCAUUAUCAUAUGGGGAGAUAUUGCUGAAUCUCAUCAGCCAGAGGUUGCUUAUAAUGUAUAAUACAACUGACACUCCUCGUUCACUUGUAUCAAAGAUUUGAAAUAGUCAACAAACUUAGUUGCAUAUGCAUUACUAGAGACAUAUAAGAGACAAAUGAGGCAUAUGAGUCAUACAGUCAAUUCAAAAAACGUUGUUGUCAACCAACUCAAAGCCUAUGCGGCUGGACCAAAAGAACUCUGUAGUAAUCAUUGAAGCUGAUCGAGUUGACUCCAUAAUUUUAUCUGACUAGUAGUUAUGCCUGGUCACAGCACGAACCUUCGUAGGCGAGCAGGAAGUGUUGAAGGAGACGUUUUUUUAACACCACAUUUUCAGAUUUAUGAACUGAAUCAUAAUUACUUUGUUUUUCUUUCCCUAGACCUGAAGACAUGUAUUUGAUGGAUUGUUUCUCUCCAUUAUUAUCUUACUAUUAGCGGGAACAAUUAAUUCAGAACAAAUAUUUAAGCGCUUCAGUGAUUUUUACCCAUAUUCCUUUUCGGUCCAGUCGUGUAGGCUUGAGCCAGUCAAUGAUGUUUUUUUGAAUUGACUGUAUAUACAAAAUGUAUACAAGGACUGCGUAGCUUCAACAUUAUACUUAUUCCAGUCUAAUUCUGGGACUAUAGUCAGACCAAAUGAACUAUGUACUUUGAGCAUAGACAAUGGACCAUGAUAUGUGGCAUGAUUUUAUUGUCACAGUCUUAUCUAGAUCUAGGAAACUGGAUUCUAGUCAUGUGAAUAAGGGUAAGGUCAAAGCAAAAACAAGCAGUAUCAGAAAUACAGGAUGCUGGUCAGUUUUUUUUAGGUUUCUGUGUCCUAGAAA